AUGCCGACGAUCGUCAAGGCUUUAAACAAUUGCAUUGCUGCUUCUACCGCUGCUAAUACCGCUUUCGAUAACUUCUUCGCUUUGAAUGCUGCCCUUUUAAAAGGUGCUGCUAGUAGUCCGGGCGGUCUAGCGAAUAGAAGUAAAGGUUUUAGAAGUAGUUUCGGUAGCCUUGCAGGUUUUGCUUUUGCUCUUAAGACUUUUAAUUUAAAUGUAGCUUUUGUUAGAUUAAAUAGUCUUAUAGCAGCGAACCGUGGUCCGGUGACGCGGAGCGCUUCGAGCAUAUCACUCUUUCCCCUUGCGCUUGCGCUAGCCGCUUUUGUUGCUUUCGUCGCUUUCGCUGCUUUCGUCGCUUUCGCAGCUCUCGUCGUUUUCGUCGCACUUAUUAUCGUCGCUUCUUUUGCGUUAAUUGUUGCGCUUGCCGCUCUUACGGCAGCGCCCGCCGUUGCUAUGACUUUUGCGGAGCGCCGAGCUAAAGUAAAGAGAUUGCUAAAAGCUUUAGUUGAUCUGUUAUUAUGA